AUGCCCUCCUCGACCGUGCGACUGCCCGACGGCCAAACAUUCACGGUCCAGCCAGUCUUUGCGGGGCUCUUCUUCAAGAGCCAUGAGCUCAACAAGAACCACCAGUCUCCCUUCCCAAUAGGCUGGACCAUUGUCAUCCACACCGAGGACGAUGGCAGGCCCAGCAAUGACAACAACGACAACAACGACGCCGACGACGACGCCAUGGUGGUUAACCGCGGCGACAAGCACGAGAACGGCGUCGCCCGCCGAUCCCACAUCCACUCCUUUACCAGCCCGACCCUGCAGAACGACAGCCUCUACAUCUCGUCCAUAUCGAACCCCUCCUCGGCCGACUUCAAGCCCGCCGCCUCGCCCACCCGCCAGAUCGCAAUGAUGCUGUGGAUCACCCUCUACUGGUACUUCCACCAGCCCGCCCCGGGCAAGACCCUCCCGCCAGACGAGAAUUCGAAACAGACUCCGGCACAAGGGAGGCCCAGGGGGGACUGGCGCAUCAACAUCAAGAGGGAUGGCGUCCUGAGGGGCCGCAACCUGAUCCCCAAGCUCGAGAGGAUGGGCCUGAUCGCCACCCUCGACUCGGCGGUGGGGUCGUCCAUGGACGACACCAGCCAGGAGUGGGCCAACAUGUUCGUGUCACAGAGGAUGUUCUGGCAGAUCCCCGGCCGCCUGUUCCUCUUCACCCUCCAGCCCACGCAUCGCCACGCCAGCUCCCACCCGGGGUCGCCGAUCCCCUCCAGGCCGACCAGCCCCGUCCGCAACGAGAGGCCCACGAGCCCACAGCAGCCGCUCUCCCCCAGCUUCCACCUCAACGCCGACCUCCCAGGUGCGCCGCCGCCACAGACCAUCGUCAGUGUCCCCAGCUUCCCGAUCGGCCCCUUCUUCUCGUCCUCACACCUGCCCACCUACUACCCACCGGGGCCCCUCCACUAUACCUUCACCAACAACAUCCGCCACCCGGUGCGCCCCAAGCCCCCACGCAUGGGCGAGGUCUUUUACACCCGCUUUGUCCCCAGCGUGGGCAAGUACCUGUCCCUGCGCGUCGCCUCGUCCUCGCCAAAGCCGGUCCCCUACCUCGGCCCCGUCUCCUCCCCGCCCAGCGAGGAACACCACCUCAAGACCAUGUGCGACAUAGUCCUGGUCCAGAUGUGGCUCAACAACCCGCGCGUGUCAAAGUUCUGGGGCGGGUACGUCCCCAACUUCCUGACCAACGCCCUCGCCAGCCGGCACAGCUUCCCCGCCAUCGGCAUGUGGGACGGCGUGCCCUUCGGCUACUUUGAGAUCUACUGGGUCAAGGAGGACGCGCUGGGCCGGCACGUUGACGUCGACGACUGGGACCGGGGCAUCCACGUCUUUAUCGGCGAGGAGUGGGCGCGCGGCAUCGUCCAGUCGUGGCUUAGCUCCCUCGUGCACUGGAUAUUCUGCGCCGACUACAGGACGCGGAGCGUGUGUAUUGAGCCGAGGGUCGAUAAUGAGAGAUUCAUACAGCUCCUCCAAGGCGGCGGUUUCAUCAAGGAGAAGGAGGUCACGUUCCCCCACAAGCAGUCGUGGUUUGGGCGGUUGAGGAGGGAGAACUGGGAGGGUCCUUCGUUGUAG